CUGCUACAUGUAAACCAAGCUCUUUACAAAUUCUGUCUCUCGUCUCGAAGAGGUUAAACAGGUAGCAUCACCUCGAGCUCCCGGCAAAACGCGUCUUCGCUAAGACAAAGGCUCACCUGUUGAUUUUUACUCUUUGCUAUUUUUACGCCUCGUGCUGUGUCGGGAAUCCAGUUCCCAGCCCAAGAUGGUCUCCGUCCGUCUCCAAACAUGGCUUUCGGUAGCAAAAAUGUUAAGGGCGUCGUUCUACCAAAGACAGAAGACGAGGACUGAACUUCUGAACCGGCAGCGAGGUUUCUGGACACUGGAUCAUUUCGAGGAUAGAAUGGAUCUAAGGCAGUUUAAGGGGAGUGACGGUGAUGUCAUCAGCGUGCUGUGUGGAUCCCGGAGUAGUAGAGCCAUGUGCUGGACAGACACUGGACCAACAACAUGUCACUAAUGAGAGAGACACACAGCAAACUAUGGAUGAUCAGAGGGAGACGGACACCAGGGAGAUAAGGAAGAAGGGAGCAACGCAAAAGAUGCACAGACGGGACAGAGACAAGCGUCUUGAAGAGCCACGAGGCCCUGGACCCUUCUUCUUUUUUGGGGGGAACAAUGGAGCCUCCAUAGUUGUUUUAUAUUGUGAGAGUCGAGGCUGGCAGCGCAUAUAUGACAAGACAAGGCUGGACUACAAACUGAAGUGGUGUGAAAUCAAAUCACCUGCUACCUACUUCAACUUCAAAGCAGGUAGCCAGCUGCUUUACCAGAUACCCAAUAAUAAGGUCCUGACCACUAAGAUAGGCCUGCUGAACAGCCUGAGAGAAUACGAGAGAGUCAGCAGCAAAGUCAACUAUGGCUGUGGAAACAGGGGGAUGAAGAUGGAGGACUUCUUUCCUGUCACUUACCGUAUGGAUAUGAAAGAAGAGAGAGACGCUUUCUUUAAUGGAGUAUGCGAUGAUAAAAGCAGCAUGUGGAUCUGCAAGCCAACAGGCCUUAACCAGGGCCGUGGUAUUUUUUUAUUGAGGACAUCAGAAGACAUAGCAACAUUCAGAGAAAGACUGCAGAACAAAACAGAGCCGCAGUCAAACAGGAAAUCACCUUUCACUUUACCACAAGCUCGGAUUGUUCAAGAGUACAUCCAGAAUCCGUUGCUUCUUAUGGGCAGGAAAUUUGAUGUGAGGUCGUACUUCCUUAUUGCUUCUACUUCACCAUACAUGGUGUUUUUUCGCCAUGGAUACAUCCGAUUGACAUGCAACCCUUAUGACCCCAAAUCUGACAAUAUCACAGCCCACCUGACCAAUCAAUACAUGCAGAAGAAGAAUCCUCUCUACAGUCUACUCAAAGAAGAUACAGUUUGGUCAAUGGAGCACUUUAAUGACUACAUCAAUGAGAUAUACAUGGACCCUAAGGGUCUACCCAAAGAUUGGGCUCUGGGUCCUUUUGCUAAAAGAAUGCAACAUAUUAUUAUGCAGUGUUUUCAGGCGGUUAAAGCAAAGCUGGAUUGCAAACUUGGUUAUUUUGACCUAAUCGGCUGUGACUUCCUGAUUGAUGAGAAUUUCAAGGUCUGGUUGCUAGAGAUGAACUGUAAUCCUGCCCUGCAUACUAACUGUGAAGUACUGAAAGAAGUUAUUCCCAGCACAGUCACAGAGACCCUCGACCUGGCUUUUGAAAUCUUCAACAAGUGUUGUUGUGGGUCAAAGCUGCUGCCUCUGAACAGUCAAAGAGAUUUUGUAUUGCUGCACGAUGGUGAGUCGACAGCAGUAGGCAAGCAAAGGCAUAAAACCACAGGGCCCCUCUUAAACCUCAACUCAAAGGGCAGCUCCACCCAUAACAAUGCCAACAAAACACACACAUCUGCUGCCACAACAACACCAACAUGGAAAUCAUCAAACAGGUUCACCAAGUGUUCCGUUAAUCGUGCCACGAAAGAAACUCCAGCCAAACGUCCCCCACCUGUCUAUGGUUGGCCCAAUAUCAGCCAACCUUCACAGCAACCUGUGGAAUUACCUUGCGGUGGAGCAGCCAUAAAAGAGAAGAUCUCGAUAUCCAGAGAUCAAGAAACCAAUCAGCUCCGACUACCCCAGCCGAAACCUGUUCGUGUGGAGUUGCACCUUAGCAAGUGCACCUGGCAGGAACCUGCGGAGAUCUCUAGCGGUCCUGCAUGCCUGAUGUCUAUGAAAAGUGCAAUCAGGUCUCUAUCUACACCAGCUCUGAGCAAUGGCUUAAAUUCCACACUAAGACUUGGAGCUCAGGGCCGACAGAUGGACAAUACGGACCAUGUAAGCUGCAACCCAAAGACGUCCAAGAUUCAUUUGGCUCAGAUGAACAAGAAGGAGUCUAAAGAAAAGACAAAAGAGGAUGUAUGAAAAAAAAAAUAAUGAACUGAACACAUGUUGAAGGCUUUAGAAUAAUCUGACUUACAGUGACCUUCCUUUUGCUUUUGCUGUUCCUCAUCACCAUCAUUAUUUUAAUAAAGUUCUUGAAGUUUUUAAGUGAUUUUU